AUGAUCGUAUCAGGUUCCUUGGGUCGUCAGAUAGUACCAGAAAUCGAAGUAUGGCCACAACUGGAAGCAAUUUAUGUGUUUUGCGGCAACCAAUCGGUUCAUGAACAAUGGGCUAAAAAAAUAAGCAAGGUUAAGGGUGUAUACACAAAAAUAGAACCAAUUUGUCAAGCACUUGAAAUCGAUCGACAACGAUGUGAUCAAGCUAUGAUCCCCAUCAGCUUUAAUGGUCGUGAUGCCUUAUUUAUGUAUACACAAUUGUUAAAGGAAGCACUCUUGGAGAUCGAAGAUGAUGAUAAAAAAUCCAUCAAAGAUCUGGUCGAUUAUUGUCGUGAACAAGAUGAUAUUUCUGAAGAUCAAAUUAAACUUGUUGAACGUGAAUAUCGUGAUCAUACACCAAUAUGGUGGUAUACAGCGGAGACAUUUAUUUAUUCCAUGCUCAAUCGUGGACUCCGACAAAUGGAUGUUGACAUCAUCCUUAAAAUGGGCUUUUUCAUCCGUCAUUUACAUCAACAUAUUAAAGAAUUACAUCGUGAACAACAAGGGAACAUGCCAGCAAAAUUUCAAGUCUUCCGUGGACAAGCAGCAUUAAAUACAAAUUCAGUUGGCAUCCUUUUCAUUAUGAACAUUGACACGGCUAUUUGUACAAAUUCAUCGACACCUUUUGCUGAAGUAAGCAAAGUUGGCUACUACAAAGAUAAGGAGGAAGAAAUACUAUUUUCAACACAUGCGAUUUUUCGUAUCGAUCGCAUUGAACGAAUUCACGAUAAUCACUCUGAUCGACUAUACGAAGUUAAUCUCACUAUUGUCGGUAAUGACAAUCAUGAAUUGAACACACUUACAGCACACAUACGUAAGGAACUUGGUGAGCGCACAGGAUGGUCUCAACUUGGUCUCAUACUUAUUAAAGUAGGCGAACCUGCAAAAGCAGAACAACUCUAUCAAAUUCUCCUCGCAAAGGCGUCUUCUGAUCAAGGUCGAGCACAAUAUAAUCAUCAACUUGGCUGGGUGUAUGAUGACAUGGGAGAGUAUUCAAAAGCACUUUUAUAUUAUGAAAAAGCACUGGAUAUCUACAAGAAAAUUCUCUCUCCAAAUGAUCUCCGUUUGGCUUCUUCCUACAACAACAUCGGUGCGGUGUAUGAUAAUAUGAGCGAGUACUCGAAAGCACUUUCAUAUUAUGAAAAAGAUCUUGAGAUUACCAAAAAAGCUCUCCCUCCAAAUCAUCCCGACUUGGCUGCUUCCUACAACAACAUCGGUAUGGUGUAUGAUAACAUGGGCGAGUACUCGAAAGCACUUUCAUCGUACGAACAAUCACUUGAAAUCCAGAAAAUAGGUCUCCCUCCGAAUCAUCCCGACUUGGCUGCUUCCUACCUCAACAUCGGUGCGGUGUAUUAUAACAUGGGCGAGUACUCGAAAGCACUUUCAUCGUACGAACAAUCACUUGAAAUCCGUAAAAUAGCUCUCCCUCCGAAUCAUCCCGACCUGGCUGCUUCCUAUAACAACAUCGGUAUGGUGUAUAAUAACAUGGGCGAGUACUCAAAAGCACUUUCACAUUACGAGAAAGCUCAAGAAAUCUGGAAAAAAUCACUUCCUGCAAAUCAUCCACAUAUUGCUCUAGUGAAAAGAAACAUUGAAGAUGUAAAAAAGAAAAUGUAA